UAAAAUGUUUCAGCUGCAUAAAUCACGCAAAAAAACGAAUAAACAAUUUCACAUAAAAAUAUGAGCAGUACAAAUGUAUUCUUGGCGCACACAGUUAAUAGACUCCUAGUAUAUCAGUACAUCUGCACUUCUCAAGACUCGCAGGUCUCUAAAACUACAUCUCAACCCUGCACCCUACUGCAUGCAUUCAUUGCUUUUAAACCCUCAGAACCACAUUCACGUCAAACGCAGAUUCACAGUGACGCAUCCAGGUGCUUUUACCAGGCCAAUGUCAAUAACCCAAAAGAGACUUUAGAACUUUCUAUAGCCACUUUUACGGAUCGAUUCCCUGUCAUCCAGACUGACCACUUUAUAAAGAAUACAUUCAAAGAAUUCUCUGUACGGCCAAAUGUGCGGUACAUUAAGUAGGAAUAUAUGUACUGAAUUCCUUGUAGCCAAAUAUUGUCCACCGACCACAUCACAAAUUUUCAGACACCCUAAACAUUUGACAUACUGUCACUUUUUUGCAUACUUGUAUAUCAGGGAAUUCAGAUGCGAGGUGUGAUCCUGCUGCCUUGAACGUGACACCAGAACGUAAAGUUCACCAUAAAUGGCUUCGCUCUUUGUCUAACUGUUGUUGUUUUAGAAUGGCAAAAAUGUGUGACAUUGCCAUGUGAGGGCAGGACCUCUCCCCAAGCUCCACGCAGACAGCUGCUCCCUGAUGACUGUGCACAUACGGACCCCUCCGAGCCCUUUAAACUUUAAAGGUCCAUCAGAGAACCAGCUGUGUGCGAGUGUUAAAGAGACUGAGAGUGUGUGAGGGUCACUGUUCACUUUCAUUUUCAACGAUUUGGCUGAACGCAACACGCCGGUCAUUAACAAAGUGCAAUUUCCAAUAAUCCAGAGGUCUAUUAUUUGGGUCAGAAUGGGAGCGUUUAUCGCCAAGAUGUUGUUGCCCACAAUCAGCAGUCUGGUGUUCUUGCCCGCAGCCAGCGUGGCCGCCAAGAGAGGCUUUCACAUGGAGGCCAUGGUCUAUUUCUUCACCAUGUUCUUCAUAGCGAUUUAUCACGCAUGUGAUGGACCGGGGCUGUCUAUACUCUGUUUCAUGAAGUAUGAGAUUCUGGAGUACUUCAGCGUGUAUGGAACAGCCAUCUCCAUGUGGGUCACAUUGCUAGCGCUGGGAGAUUUCGAUGAACCCAAACGCUCAUCACUCACUAUGUUUGGGGUGCUGACUUCGGCUGUGAGGAUCUACCAAGACCGAUGGGGCUACGGCAUCUACUCCGGACCCAUCGGAACAGCUGUCUUCAUGAUAACAGUCAAAUGGUUACAAAAAAUGAAGGAAAAGAAGGGACUUUAUCCAGACAAAAGCGUUUACACUCAACAAGUUGGACCGGGAUGCUGUUUCGGCGCUCUUGCUUUAAUGCUUCGGUUCUAUUUUGAGGAGUGGGAAUACGCUUACGUCCACAGUUUCUAUCACGUGUCGCUGGCGGUGUCUUUUAUCCUGCUACUGCCCAAGAAGAACCGUUACGCUGGGACGGGACGCAACGCAGCCAAACUCAACUGUUACACCCUCUGCUGCUGUAAAUCAAAACCACCGAUAAAGGAGAAAGCACGGACCAUCUGGACCACUCCCCAAAAACCCUGGACGCGGACCGGUGGUCCUGGCUUGCCAUUUCACAAAUCCCAGCCACGCACCACGUAACGCAAGAAACGGCAUCUGCUGAAGGCACCCUGAAAGCGAGGACAGUUAUACGACCUCCCAGCAGGCCAAGAAUGCUUUGGACAACUUAUUCGUAAGGAUAGAAUGAUGCCCUGCAUGUCAAAAAAUGACCGAGAAGGUGUACGUCCUGAAAAACAGUCGGGAAGGUUGUGAAGAUGGUAUUCGGGACCAGAGAAGAAAGGACUGCUGCGAAGCUCCACCAUACCGUAACGCUCCAGCUGGAAAGUUUAUGAGUCAGUAAAAACAGCAGACGUAUUAUCAGUCCAAAAUGAAUAAACUGUCUAUCAAAGGUUCCUCAGAAGGGACCACUUGUCUAUGCACGUUAAAAUGAUUGUAAAAAAGGCUAUUUAAUUCUUAUAUUCAAGCAUUUGUGCCAGACAGGUCAGACAUCAUCUGGGUACAACUAAACUCGUAGCUAAACCUAUCAAACGGUUUUGAUAUACCGUGUAGUACAUUGAGAGAAGUAAAAAUGAUUCAUUAUUGUCAUCUUGUUUCUUUCUUGUAAA